UAUCUCUCAAAGUUCAGAACUUUGAGCUCAGAAAAAUCUAACGAGGAGCUCGUAAUUCCUUUGUCGUUCCGAUGAUUCAAAAGUUCGACCGCGCCGACCGCCGGAUCCUGUCGUUCCCGGCGGUCCGCCCCGGCGAGAGCGUCGAGCCGGCGAUCCUGGUCGACUCCCUGAUCGCCCUCUCCCGCGCCAUCUGCGGCUUCCAGCCGGGGCUCUUCGCGACCCAGCGGCGGAACGCGCGGGAGGCCGUCCGGCAGGUCCGGGUCCUGCUCGAGUUCUUCGAGGACGUCCGGGAACGCGGGCCGGCCCUCGCCGCCGGGUCCGUGUCCGCCGUCCUCCUAUGCUUCUCCGAGCUCCACACCGCGUUCCAGAAGAUCAGGUUCCUGCUCGAGGACUGCUCGUGCGAGGGCGCCCGGGUGUGGAUCCUGAUGAGGUCGCGGUUCGUCGCGGCGAAGUUCCGGGUGCUGGUGCGAGCGAUCGGCACGGCGCUGGAUGUUUUGCCCCUGGACUCGAUCGACGCGGGCCGCGAGGUGAAGGAGUUGGUCGAGCUGGUGGCCAAGCAGGCGAUGCGGGCAAACUUCGAGCUCGAUCGCCGGGACGAGUACACAAUGAGGCAAGUCCAGUCGAUGCUCGAUUACUUCGAGAAAGGGAUCGAGCCGGAUAGAGGCGUGAUCGGGCGGGUUCUCGAGUAUCUUGAGAUAAGGAGCUGGAGCGACUGCCACAAGGAAAUCAAGUUCCUGGAGGGCGAGAUCAAUCUGGAGUGCUCGGAGGGUAAUGAGAGAGAAGCUCCAUUGCUGAGCAGUUUGAUGGCAUUCAUGAGCUAUUGCAGAGUGGUUCUGUUUGAAGUUCUGGAUCACAGAAGCACCCAGCAAGCAGAUGUGGCACAGCACUUGGAGACUCUCAGUAGCUUGAACCCGGAGGACUUUCGAUGCCCGAUCUCGCUCGAGCUGAUGACCGACCCCGUGACCGUCUCCACGGGACAGACCUACGAUCGGUCAUCAAUCCAAAGAUGGCUUAAGGCCGGGAACAUUACCUGCCCGAAAACAGGAGAGAGGCUCACGAGCACCGAGCUGGUGCCGAAUUCGGCUCUGAGGAAGCUUAUAAAACAGUUUUGUGCCGAUAAUGGGAUCUCGCUCGCCAAUUCAGGAAGGAUAAGUAGCGACAUCGCGAGGACUAUUGUUCCGGGAAGCAUGGUGGCUGCGGAGGCGAUGAAAAAACUCUCGAGGUUUCUUGCGAGGAGGCUGGUUUUCGGGACGACUGAGCAGAAGAGCAAGGCUGCUUACGAAAUCCGUCUGCUUGCAAAGUCGAAUAUCUUCAAUAGGACAUGCCUGAUCGAAGCCGGCACAGUGUUUCCGCUGUUAAACCUCUUGUCUUCGCCUGAUGCAGCUACUCAGGAGAAUGCAAUCGCGGCUCUAUUGAAGCUCUCAAAGCAUACCAGCGGCAAAAGGGUAAUAAUCGAUGGCGGCGGACUGAGCCCGAUCCUUUCGGUUCUAAGGAAAGGGUCGAGCCUCGAAGCCAGGCAAAUUGCCGCCGCAACAAUGUUUUAUCUUUCUUCCGUGAAGGGGUACCGGAAAUUGAUAGGGGAAACGCCCGACGCGAUCCCAGCUCUCGUGGACCUCCUCAGAAAUGGAAAGCCUUGUGGGAAACAGAAUGCGGUGGUCACGAUUUUCGGGCUGCUUCUUCAUCCCGGGAACCAGUGUAGAGUCAUAGCAGCGGGAACUAUUCCAUUGCUGGCGAACAUUCUCGCUUCCUCAGAAAAAGAUGAACUUAUAGUCGAUUCAUUGGCAGUUCUCGCGUCUCUAGCCGAGAACGCCGAUGGGACCGCAGCGAUCCUACAGACUCCAGUUUUGCCUCUGAUCAUCAGGUUCUUGCGGUCCUCCGCUUCUAAAACCGGGAAGGAAUACAGCGUCUCAAUCUUGCUGUCCAUAUGCAGCAACGGAGGGAGGGACGUGAUCGAAGUGCUGGCAAGGGACUCUUCGGUCACGGCGUCGCUCUAUUCGCUCCUCACCGACGGGACUUCCCACGCUAGCAAGAAGGCGCGGUCGCUCCUCAAGAUCUUGCUCAACUCCAACGAGAGGAACAGAUCUCGGCUCUCGUGAUUCGCUCGUGCCGCCUUUCCCAAACGACGAUCUAGAGAAGACCCAUGUAAAUAGAUAUGUCAUUCAGUGCGUGAUGAAGGACGCUGGCUCAGUUUUUGCAGGAGCUAGCCUUCAUUUUUGCUUGCAGAAUAAGGUUGAAAUGCCCAAUUUGUUAGUAGUGUGAUUGCAUUAUGGAGAUGAUGUUGAAUAAAGUCAGACAACAGAAUCAGGUUGAAA